AUGCUGCUCAAUUCGAUAUUUCAAUUCGAAGAAAAAGGGUUUCAGGGAGGUCGUCGUAAACGUGGAAAGCUAUCGUCUGAGGAAAAACAAAAACAAGCGGAAGAAAUGCCUAUGGCAUUUCCAAAAGGCACUUUCUUGCUUCGCUAUUCGGAUCUACAGGACCUCGAAUGUGAUCAGAUUUGGUGCGUGGACAAUCAAUACAUGCUACUCAAAUACAUCCCAUCAUCACAUAUUGACGAAAAACGACCUUGGGAAGAAGCAAAACGCCAGAGAGAGCUCCACGAAGAAACGAAGGCUGAAGCUUCAAGCACUACUGGUGAUCUUAGCAGCUAUGCGAAUUUUACUGCUGGAAGCGCAGUAAAUCAACCAAUUCUGAACAAGGAGCAGCAGCAACAAGUAUUCGACAACUAUAAACUGUUUUUUGAACAGGGCAGCAGCCUCGAAAUGGAUCAGUACGAUGGAGUGGAAGCAUACGAAGAAAUUGAUGAUGCUGUUGCUGCUGAGUUGCUUGGAGAUGAUUUUGUGAUUUUGAAUGAUAACGAUCAGUGA